UGUAUUGAGUAUAUCUGUAGUUGGCAGCUCGCAACUACAUAUCUUAUGGGAUAUAUCUUUUUUUUCAGUGUAGUAGAAUUCAAGAGAAGAUGUAUCCUCCCCCCCCCCCCAACUGAAGUUAUAAUAUUCUUCUUCUUCUCAACGGACCCACUAAAAAACAAUUCUUGCUGAUAUAGACAGAUCGCUUGAUGUCACAACUGUAAUCAAAUAUAUUUAUUUUUUAUCUGUUAAAAUUUUUAUAAUUUUUGUUGAGGCUGCAAGAUCUUUUUUUUUUUGAAUGCCGAAUUACCUCUAAAUCUACCGCAUUAAAUUACCAACGGCAUCAGUCUCCCGUUAUUUCUUUAUUGUUGAUAACAUUUUACAGCAAGACCUUUGUAAUUUAAAAUAACAUGAUAAAAAAAGAAAUAUUAUUCAAGUCGCGAUUUUUUUCAGACGGACGUAGUCGAGAUCUAACACCCUAGAUGAAAUUCUGAGCUUUUACGAGACAUUUUAGCAGGGGCACGUUGAUCUCGAAAAGGAAAAUUAUCCGAUUCUCGUUUGUCGCCUAUUUUAAAUACAUUCCGCGAUAAUUGAUUAUAAUUGAUAAUGGCGGCGUCACUUAACGGAAUAGUUAACCGUCGCCUGAAAAGUGCGGCAUAAAUUGCCGUCGGUGGUUUCGACAAAUCAACGGGAUUAUCGGUGUCCGGUAUCGGAGAAAUUUAAAUUUCACACCGCGAACUCUCCCGUAUACGGUCCCCAGGUACAGGUACAGUCAAAUCGUGCGCGAAGAUACGUAUGUAACGUGCGCACGGGGGGGGCUGCGCGAGGGGGAUGUGCAGGCGUAUGUAACCGUCGACAGUUAUGUGUACGUGUUCAUGCCUCGCGUUCCUGUUGAUUUAAUUACGACGAUUGGCCUGACAAAUCUAAUUGACGUGCAUCAAUUAUUUGGGCCGCGUUCGAAGGCCGUUUAAUUCCCUCUCUUCUUCCCGACAAGUGCACACGGCAGUUUCGCAGUAAUCCCAUUUUUCAGGGGAUCCCCCGUCGCUCUCUUUGCGAAAAUUCGUUCGCCGUUGCGUCGUUGAGUCGGUAGCAACGACUCCGUUUCGAUAUCCAGUCGAUAGAUUCAGUCAGGAUGGACAGAUUUAUAAAGACAAGUCUCGGCGCAAAUAAACAUUCCGGAACUUUAUACCGUCUGUUUACUGCUGAAUAAUAUUCCCGCGACGCUAAUGUAAUAUUUGCAGAGUAAGAUAAUUUAGAACAAUUAUUACCAUUAAGAAACACAAUUGUAAAGUAAUUAUUAUUCACUAGGCAUACAGUCUAAAUAAAUAAAUUGCAAUUUUCUUUAUAUACCGCUGUCUCUGCAGUGUCGUGCGAAUGAUAUAUGGUAGAAGUGGUUGCGCCCGUUUCAUAAUUUCGAAUAUUCGUAUUUGCGUAUCGUUGCACGCCAAACGAAUAAUCCAUAAUCGCGUGCCUGCCGCGCCCAAUCAUGUGCCUAAUUAUAUGAAACCGGUCUGUAUACGGUGUACAGAUACUAAUGCACCAAAUUAUCUGCGCGCAUGCCGUUAUUGGAAUCACUGUGACAUACACGCGGGGCAUCGACUACGGAAAUCUGCGGGGAUAUUUAGGCGGGGGGGGAGAGGGUGGAGAGAAAGGUCCGGGGUCGAGGGCGGCGAUAAAUUAUCGUUGAUGGAACGAAUUUUCAAAAGCGUUGCUCGCGGCUUACUCUUAGCCGGAUUACCGGUUCGUUUAAACGUUGAACGGCGAAAUUUUGCCGCGCGCAUGUUUCGCACAGAUUUUGGAAAAUAAAAUCUAUGAUUAUUUCCGCUUCGGGAGGGAAUACCUCUGAAAUUGCAAUGCGGACCUGCGUAUCACGUGUCUAGUGCAAAGUCGUCCGUUUUAACCCUUUCGAACCUCUGAGACAUAUAUGUCCCAUUCACAAAAAUUAUACAUAAUUAUCAUAACUUUUAAAUAAAUAGUUUUAUUGACUGUUCUUCUAUCUACUUUUGUUUAUUUUAAAGAGGAAGGUUCAAGCUACAUGUAUAAACCGUCGCAUACUUUAAAAUGUUAUGUUUUCAAUAAGAUGUAGUUAUAUAAACUUAGCUAAAAAUCUAACUUUUAGAUAAUAAAGAAUUAUCGCAUAUUAUGUCAAAAAUUUAUUAAAUCGGUGCUAAUUACAUACUAAAAGUCUUAUUUGAUUGUAAAAGAAAUGCAAAAAUAUUCAAUUUUUCUUAUAAUAAAUUUGUAACAGUUUAUUUAUCUAAUUAAAGUAUAUACAAUCUUCAAUUUGUUUCCUUUCACACUUUCAGAAUAUCUUUAUCAUUCAAAAUUUUGUUUGUUAAACAAUUUCAUAUAUAUAAUAAAUAUAUAUUAUAUGUAUAUGCUUUGAUUCAUAAUUAGUAAUCAGAAAAGAACGUUAAUCCGCGAUCAUAUUUUAAAUAUAUUGAUAUUUUGGCAUUUUAUGGCUGCCAUCUUGAAACCCCUAUUUUUAAUUUUGAUUUUAAUUGUUUAUUUGAAAUUAGAGUCCUCAAAAACCUGUAUAACCGUUUCCAUAUAAUCUCUUCUGGGAAAGCCGGAGGUACGAAAGAGUUAAGCUUCGGGAGACAAAUUACAAUUUCUUUGUAAAUUAAAAUUUUUUUAUUCAAAGUUAACAAUUGACUUACUGCACUAAACUCGACGGUUUUAUUGCAGCGAAAUUGUCUACGUUUGAAAAGGUGGGACCGUUACGAGGCACCGGGUUGUGGUAUAACAAAAUAUCACGUCGCAAUGCGUGGCGCACGGAUGGAACAUUCGCCUCGAGCAUGAGCGCGUGCACAUAUAUGAAAUACUUGAAUGUACUCAGGAAAUGAGAUCCGAGUCUAUCCGCGCGCAAUCAGAUAUGGGAAUUCGUGUGCCUCGCGGAUAUUCAGAUAUUCACAAUGGCCUGGAUUCGUGUCGCAUGCUUGACAUGUUGUUCGCGACGUUAAUCAAUCCAAACGAUUUAUUCCUUUCAUCAAGUGCAUCAUCGGUAUUUAAUCGUCCUGCAUUUUUUUUUAACGCGCGAGACACUACAUCAGAAAAUUAUCAUCUGCGCUGCAACAAAAUGAAAUCUCAAGCUUUUGAGGGUAAAGGGUUUUUCAAAACAAAAGAUAUACUUGUUUCCAUUAGUUUUGCAAGGAUAAUGAAAAACGUGAAAACUCUUUUCAGAAUCAAGUAAUCAUUGAAGCGCCCAUUACCUUGCAAUAAUCUUUUUCUUCUGUCAAUUUAUUUGGUAAAAUAAUUUAAUUUGCCAAUUUACAACGUAGAAAAAUUCUACGAUAAUAUCACUAUCGAUUCUCGAAGGUGAUGUCUGUUAUGGACGAGGGACCGACGUGAAACAUGAUAGGAAUCGUCCACCGUCGAGGAAUGCAUUCGUGCAUCGGUCGAAUCCGCGGUGCACUUAAACUAAAGCCUGGUUGAAAGGGCACAAAACGGCAGAGGCGACGCAGUUGGCCGCAAUGGUAGCGAUAGAUAGCGAGAUUUGGGCAUAGCGGGAAAGCGGCACAAUACACGUUCGCGCCGGGCCUUCAGAAAAUGAGAUACGAUAGAGGAGGGUGAGAGCGCGAAGGGGUUGAGAGUAGGUGAGACGCGCGCGGGGCAGGGGACGAGGGCGUGGAGGAGGUACAGGAGGAAACGCGGGAGAGGGGCCUAUCACUCGGCUAGAUCCAAUACAAUGCGAACUAUUGUACCCACGUUCGCCAUCCACUCCAAUUCCUGGCGUGGAGAUAUGCAGCCGAGUCGAGUCGGAGGCUGCACUUCGCGCGGGGAUGGCACACGCGUACGGCUAUAUAUAUAUAGAGAGAGAGAGAGAGAGAAAGAGAGAGGAGGCCCUAGACGAAUACGUUGAACUAACGUACUUAAACAAGGAUGAAAUUCGUCAAAUUUAUAAGCUUCUCGACGAUUUAGAACCAGACAUUCUUAAAAAAAAUCUUCAUCAUCGUUUCUCUGUGGAACAAAUCAACAAGAUCCUUCCGCAAGUCCGCUGCAGUCCAUUCCGUGAUGCGAUAUAUCGUAUAUUCUCGUCGAGACGGGACGGACAUUUGAGCUUUGAGGACAUCCUCGACCUCUGCUCGGCAUUCUCCGCGAAUUGUCCGCGGGGCGUUCGGGCUGCAUGGGCUUUUGAAAUUUUCGACUUCGACGGCGACAAUCGAGUCUCUCUCGACGAUCUGAUCGAAACGGUGCGGAGACUAGCGGGCACGGACGGACACGGGCAGGCCCGAAUCGAUCGGCAACGCGCGGAGGACGUAGCGCGAAUGAUAUUGCAAGAAAUGAACCUCUCUGUCACAAGCAACAUCACACCACAGGAAUUUAUAUAUGUACUCUCUAAAAUGCCCGAUUUUGCACACACGUUUCAAUUUAAAAUUAAUUAAUUUAUAAUAAAACGUCGCGCAUGAAGUAUUCAAAACUGAGUUUAGCAUUUUUAUUUGUGUAGAGAUCCUUAUUUAAGACACUGGAAACGUUUUGAUUGAUUUGUCAUGAUAUUCAAAUGCUUAAGAUAAAAUAAAAUAAUUGCAUUAGAUAGAAUGGAAUAGAUACAUCUAUCUUGUUUGUUUAGGAUGUAGUGUCAAAUCUUUUACUUCAGGAUUUCUACUUUAUGUAAUGAAAAUUCCUAAUUAUAAAAGAAAAACAAAAAAA